AUGCAGGAUCCAGAGGCUAUUAUCCGGGAAUAUCGCCAUGAUAAAUCGCGACCCCGUCAGGCAGAAGCCUUGAAGAUAUUACAACAAAUAGCUUCGAUGGUCAAGCCUAUCAUGCGGCAGCAUUCGUGCUCUAUGCGAAUUCUACCAAGAAAUGCCAACUUGCUCGGGAUGAAUGACUCCCGUGGAUACAUCUACCUUCGGCUACGAUACGCAAGAGAUCCAGAGCAAUUUCUUCCUUUUGAAGAGAUUGCAGACACUAUGUUACAUGAACUUUGCCAUAUCCCUAUCAAACCUCACAACAAAGCUUUCCAUAACCUGUGGAAUCAGCUUCGGGAUGAACACGUAGAGCUCGCCAUGAAGGGGUUCACUGGGGGGAACUUCCUCUCCGAAGGAAGACGCCUCGGUGGGUCCCGGAUUCCUAUGGACGAAGCUCGUCGUCAAGCCCGCGCUGCUGCCGAGAGAGAGAAGUGGCCUGAUGGCAAAAUCCGGACAACGAUUGGGUGGAGCCGCAGCCCCGAGGGGCGUCGGUUCGACGAAGAGGUCUUGAACGGGUGUGCCUCUGGGACACAUGGAGGAGCUGCCCUCGCUGAAGAGGCUUCAAGAAACGGGUUUCGUACCCAAGCAGAAGAAGACGACGCGAACGAACAGGCGAUAAUGCAGGCUUUCAUUGAAUUGAUUCAGGAGGAAGAGCGGGAAAAGUAUGGAUCUGCAUACGUGCCUCCCAGCGAGCAAAAUCCGGCCGGGCCGCAUCAAAAUAUAACGUCUGAAUCUCCUUCCGAAGGAAGCAGCUCAAAAUCUUCAGGGCGGAAGACAUCCUCCUCAAAAGCCCCCGGUACCUUCCAAAAACCCGAAUAA